AAACAAAGUCAUAAAGUCAUAAUAUAAUCAGUGGACUCUGCUCAGUCUUUGUCAUAAUAAACUAAAUUUUAUUGUUGUAGAGAUAUUAUAGACCUAAUGGUAACAUAUGAGGUAAAAUAGAUAGUAUGACAAGAAACAUUUAUUUAGUCCUGUUCUUAUAUUUGACCGUCCAAUAGCCAUAUUAUUUUACAAGCACGAAAUACGAGAUAAUCCACAAAUAGUUUAUUAUGUUUCACAGAUAUACAGGUGUUUUUGAGGGAAUAUAGACUUAUAGGCAUUAUACAGAUAAGACAGGAGGCAGAAUAUGUAAUAAACUCAUUUGAUAAUAUGAUUGAGAUAUUAUAAGGGUACCAUGGGAGGCAAAACAAAGAGGAUGAUGAGGUCACCAUUAGUCCCAGACCCUUUAUUUCCCACAAGAACAGCCUAUUACAGCUGAAUGAUGAGACUCAGACGUGAGUAUUAGGAAGGCGUGGCCAGUAAUCAAAGUACUGGAGUUUCUAGGGAGGGCUGUGUGUGCGUCCUGGCUGUGGUUUUGGUAAGCAACCAGUCAGUCAGAGUCUGUCAGCGGGACCGGAGGGCUGCGCGUCGGACAGGAGGAGCUGGAUAAAAGCGCACCGGGUCGGCGCAUGUAUUUGCUCAUUUUUCUUUCCAGUCUUCGAUUUCCGCCGCGUCUCGUAUCGGAUGCUGGAUGCAAUCCAUCCACGCGUCAACAAUACACCUCUGAAGGACAAACCAUGGACAGUCUAGGCAGCCGCUGUAAGAUUGUGGUGGUCGGGGACACGCAAUGUGGGAAAACGGCACUCCUGCACGUUUUUGCCAAAGACUGCUAUCCAGAGAACUACGUGCCCACAGUGUUCGAAAACUACACAGCCAGUUUUGAGAUAGACAAACACCGGAUUGAGCUGAAUAUGUGGGACACGUCAGGUUCCUCUUAUUAUGACAAUGUGAGGCCGCUGGCAUAUCCUGAUUCUGAUGCGGUUCUCAUCUGUUUCGACAUCAGCCGCCCAGAGACUUUGGACAGUGUCAUAAAGAAGUGGCAAGGAGAGACGCAGGAGUUUUGUCCCAACGCCAAAGUGGUGCUGGUCGGCUGUAAGUUGGACAUGAGGACAGACGUCAACACCCUGAGGGAACUUUCCAAGCAGCGCCUCAUUCCUGUCACCCACGAGCAGGGCAGCACAAUAGCUCGACAGAUGGGGGCGGUGGCCUACGUAGAGUGCACUUCCAAGGUUUCCGAGAACAGUGUACGGGACGUGUUCCACAUCACCACGGUGGCGUCGGUGCGGAGGCCGCACAAGCCGCAGCUAAAACGCAGCAGUUCCCGCAGGGGGCUGAAACGAGUGUCGCAGCUCCCCCUCCCACCGCUGCCGGGCCGGACUGAGCAAAUGGACCAGGCCCCGGUCAUGAGGAAGGACCGGGCCAAGAGCUGCGUGCUCAUGUAGAGACCCAUCAUAAAACUGUAUAUAUAUGUAUAUACUUAAACACAGAAAUAUAUAACAGAGGAAGUCUAUUUAUUGUUUUUUUUUUUGUU